ACCAUUGCGCACACUUACAUUCACCAAUUCUCUCAAGUCUUCUCCACAGCAAUAUAUAAACCCCUUCGCCUUCUUUCUUUCUCUCAGCUUGGACGUUCCCUUCACAGAGAACAACAAGCUUUUACCUCUCUCUUUCUAUAUCUUUCAGUUUCCAAUUUGGAACGGAUCUUAUCUCAUAUUUCCAUUUGAGUCCCCACGUUGAGCUAUGCAAUCCCUUACGUCAUCUUCUGGUAUUAGUCUCAAAUCGUUAACCCGGGCGUCUUCGCCGCCGGGUUUCACUCACCGGGUCGGUUCCAAUCGUCUCGCGGUCCAAUGCGUGUUCAAGUUUGACUCGGCCAACGCCGCCGGCGCCGCGGCGGCGAAUUCCAGCGCUACUGUGAACACCAACAGCGCGCCGACAAGAUAUAGUGGCCACAUCGGCGCGACGCGAGCUGAUUGGCAGAGCUCGUGCUCCAUUUUGGCGAGCAAGGUGGUGUCGCAGCAGCAGGAUGUUCAGAAGAGCGGCGGAGAUGCGGGGAAUAUCACCGCCGUGAACGGCCAUACGUCGACGCUAGAUCUAGUCCCCAUCGAGAGCAGCCUUCCUAAGCCGCUCACGAUUACGGAUCUCUCGCCGGCGCCGAUGCACGGCUCGCUGCUCCGCGUCGCUUACCAGGGUGUUCCCGGCGCGUAUAGCGAAGCCGCCGCCGGGAAGGCGUAUCCCAACUGUGAGGCCAUACCUUGUGACCAGUUUGAAGUGGCAUUCCAAGCCGUGGAGCUCUGGAUAGCUGACCGAGCCGUCCUCCCUGUUGAAAACUCCCUCGGCGGCUCCAUCCACCGCAACUACGACCUCCUCCUCCGUCACCGCCUCCACAUCGUCGGCGAGGUUCAGCUCCCCGUCCACCACUGCCUCCUCGCCCUCCCCGGCGUCCGCAAGGAGUACCUCACUCGCGUCAUUAGCCACCCGCAAGCACUGGCUCAGUGCGAGCUCACUCUCACCAAACUCGGCCUAAACGUCGCCCGCGAGGCCGUGGACGACACCGCCGGCGCCGCGGAGUACAUCGCGGCCAACAACCUCCGCGACACCGCCGCAAUCGCGUCCGCACGCGCCGCCGAUCUGUACGGCCUCCACGUCCUGGAAGAAGGAAUCCAGGACGAUUCCAGCAACGUGACCCGGUUCGUGAUGCUCGCACGGGAACCGAUCAUCCCUAGAACCGAUCGGCCGUUCAAAACCAGCAUAGUUUUCGCUCACGACAAGGGAACGAGUGUGCUCUUCAAGGUCCUCUCCGCCUUCGCCUUCCGGAACAUCAGCCUGACGAAGAUCGAGUCGCGCCCCCACCGGAACCGCCCGAUCCGCCUAGUCGACGACGAGAACGUCGGAACCGCCAAGCAUUUCGAAUACAUGUUCUACGUGGACUUCGAGGCAUCCAUGGCGGACGUGAGGGCGCAGAACGCGCUUGCAGAAGUGCAGGAGUUCACGUCCUUCUUGAGGGUACUGGGCAGCUAUCCCAUGGACAUGACCCCUUGGAGCCCCUCCCGGGGAGAUUAGCCAAAUCCCCAUUAUACCCUCCCAUAUCCAAACUCCUCAGAAGGAACACAAUAAUCCUUUUGUAAUUAUUGUUAAUUUCCUAAAGAAAAACCAACGCCACUUAAUUAAAUUGAAUUCUGUUUAAUUCUCUCUUAAUUUUUGUUUUAUUUAAUUUGUUUUGUUUAGUUAUAGUUGAAAUCUGCAAGCUAAGCUGUUCUUCAAUGGUUAUGUGUCAAGUAUGAAGUAUAUACGACGUACAUAACUUCCGUGAAA